AUGGCUGUAGUUCAUGUUGCAACAACUACAGCUGCUUGUUUGAAGGAGGCAAUCGACUCUUUAUUUGCUAAGUAUGGUUUGUCAGUGGUGAGAUUGAGGGGUCAAGGAUAUGAUGGGGCUUCAAAUAUGUCUGGAGAAUUUAAUGGCUUAAAGUCACUGAUAAUGAAAGAAAAUCCGUAUGCAUUGUAUGUUCAUUGUUUUGCUCAUCAACUCCAGCUAGUGGUUGUAGCCGUUGCUCAAGCAAAUCAAUAUGUUUGUGAUUUCAUGUGGAUUGUUGGUUCGAUUGUAAACACAUCUGCAUCAUCUUACAAAAGGGCCGACAAACUUCGACAACUUGAACAUGACAGAAAAGUUAAACUUCUUGAAAGAGGAGAGAUUAGUUCUGAGGUUCUUCAAAAUUUGAUUGAUGAUGGUGAUCGUUCUUCUAAGGGUUUAAGUAGAACUUUGGUUGAAAGACUGGAGAGGUAUGAAUUUGUGUUUAUUCUACUAUUGAUGAAACAUAACAUCAACAGCCGUAGUCGUUUGAAGAGAGAUGGAAAAAAUGUUAAUUUUUAUCACUACUUCCAUGUUGAAAUCUUUUGUGAAGUUAUCGAUAUUAUUCUACAGGAGAUGGAUAGUCGUUUCUCUGAAACAACUACAGAUUUGUUGAUUUAUAUGUCAUGUCUUGAUCCUAGAAACUCGUUCUCUAGAUUUGAUGUACAGAAGUUAGUGCGUCUAGCUCAUUUUUAUGAGGAUGAUUUUUCUUGGAAUGAGCGUAUGUUGGUUGAACAAGAGCUUGAAACAUAUAUUGAUGACGUCAGAUCAUAUGAACGAUUUGAAGGCAUUUCAGAUUUGGGAGGUCUUGCAAAGAAAAUGAUUGAAACAAUGAAGAACUGUGUAUUUCCUUUGGUUUAUCGGAUGAUUGAGCUAGCCUUACUUCUUCCAGUUGCUACUGCAACCGUUGAAAGAGUAUUUUCGGCAAUGAAUAUUGUCAAAACAGAUUUGCGAAACAGGAUUGGAGAUGAAUGGAUGAAUGAUAGUUUGGUAGUCUAUAUCGAGAAAGAUGUUUUUAAUACUGUCGACAAUGAGCCAAUUUUACAACGUUUUCAGAACAUGGAAUCUCGAAGAAUGCAAUUGUCACGUAUUUGUUAG